GAGGUGACCCCGCCGAUCGCCCCGGCCGAGGCGCUGACGUCGCUCGAGUCGGGCACCGUCGCGCUGUUCGAGCGUUGCACCCGCUCCGUCGUCAACGUCGUGGACGUCACCGUGCUCUCGGGCAAGGCGAUGACCUCCGGCGCGGUCGUGCCCGAGGGUAACGGCACCGGGUUCGUGUGGGACUCCGACGGUCACGUCGUCACCAACUGGCACGUCAUCGGCAGCAUCCUCUCGCAGGUCCCAAAGGGCCGAGACCCGGGCGAGGUCGCGAAGGUCACCCUGGAGGGCGCCGACGGCAGGACCAAGACGUUCCCGGCGACGCUCGUCGGCGCGGAGCGCAGUAAAGACCUCGCGGUCCUCAAGGUCAACGCCCCCAAAGAGUACAUCACGCCAAUCGCGCGGGGUAAGUCCGACGGCGUCAGGGUGGGCCAGGCCGUGUUCGCCAUCGGCAACCCGUUCGGAUUCGACCACACGUUGACCACCGGCGUCGUGUCCGGCCUCGGGCGGACGAUCCAGAGCCAGGCGGGCAGUUUGAUCAGCGGCGGGAUCCAGACUGACGCGGCGAUAAACCCGGGAAAUAGCGGCGGGCCCCUCCUGGACGCGAGCGGCCGCCUCGUUGGGGUCAACACCGCCAUCUUCACGAGCACGGGCGCGAGCGCGGGGGUCGGGUUCGCGAUACCCGUCGACUUGGUGCAGAGGGUCGUGCCGCAGCUCAUCGAGUUUGGGAGCGUGCGACUGCCGAGCCUGAACGUCACCGCCGCGGACCCCAACGUGGGUAAGCAGCUCGGGGUCAAAUCGCAGGGCGUGCUGGUGCAGGCGGUUCCGAGCGGCGGGGAGGCGGCCAAGGCGGGGCUCCUGGCGACGCGGCGGGGUCUCGGCGGGAUCGUCGCCGGGGACGUCAUCGUGGAGGCUGACGGGCGGCGGGUGGUGACGGAGGGCGACCUGGUGGCGGCGGUGGAAGCGCACCAGGUGGGAGAGAGCGUCGUGCUGAAGGUGAGGAGGGGA